AUGUCUGGCGUUGAGCACUCCUCCUACUACGACCGGCGCAUGCGCCAGUCGCCGGCCCUCAUUCGCGCCCGUCGGCCAUACCUUUUCAAGAACACAGUGCUGGGUCUCGGUAUCUCCUCCUUUGCCCUGGGUGUCUAUGCCUACACGAUCCACGUUAUCGGCCAGGACGACUUUGACGAUGUUCAGGUUCCGAGCGAGCCAGCGCAAUCCAUUCAGCAGCGGACCCAGCAAGCACAGCAGACUGCACAAAUACAAACACAAGCACAGGCGUUGGCGAAAAAGUGA